AUGGGCGUGCUAAAGACAGCCGCUGUCAGGAGCGCGGAGCUGGAGCUGGUGCUGAGCGACGCCGAGAGCCGGCGGCGGGUGGAGCACAAGACGGAGGAAGGCAAGAAGGAGAAAUACUUCCUCUUCUACGACGGCGAGACCGUGUCGGGCCGGGUGGUGCUCACCCUCAAGAACCCCAACAAGCGGCUGGAGCACCAGGGCAUCAAAGUGGAGUUCAUCGGGCAGAUCGAGCUCUACUAUGACCGAGGGAACCACCACGAGUUCGUGUCCCUGGUGAAGGACCUGGCCCGGCCUGGGGAAUUCACUCAGUCACAGACAUUUGACUUUGAGUUCACACACGUGGAGAAACCUUACGAAUCCUACACGGGGCAGAACGUGAAGCUACGGUAUUUCCUCCGUGCCACCGUGAGCCGCAGGCUGAACGAUGUGGUCAAGGAGAUGGACAUCGUUGUGCACACCCUGAGCACCUACCCCGAGCUCAACUCCUCCAUCAAGAUGGAAGUUGGCAUCGAGGACUGUCUGCACAUCGAGUUCGAGUACAACAAAUCCAAGUACCAUUUGAAAGAUGUGAUUGUGGGGAAGAUCUACUUCYUGCUGGUGCGGAUCAAGAUCAAGCACAUGGAGAUCGACAUCAUCAAGAGGGAGACGACGGGCACGGGGCCCAACGUGUACCACGAGAACGACACCAUAGCCAAGUAUGAGAUCAUGGAUGGGGCACCUGUGAGAGGGGAGUCCAUUCCCAUCAGGCUCUUUCUGGCUGGCUACGAGCUGACUCCGACCAUGAGGGACAUCAACAAGAAGUUCUCUGUGCGUUAUUACCUCAACCUGGUGCUGAUCGAUGAGGAGGAGAGACGCUACUUCAAACAGCAGGAGGUGGUGCUGUGGAGGAAAGGGGACAUCGUGAGGAAGAGCAUGUCCCACCAGGCCGCCAUCGCGUCGCAGCGCUUCGAGGGCACGUCCUCGCACGGCGAGGCCAAACCCCCCGGGCAGCCCGCGGACAACAACGGCCGCCAGUGAGGCCAGAGCGCCCCGGAGCCCCCGGGACAGCGGCACCCAGGAGACGCUCACAGACUGCAMACCAACAAAUACCCGGUUUUGACUGAAUUCCUUUCUUCGGAGGACUGGCGGGGUGGGAAGGGGCGGGAGGGCCGGAGGAGCCUCGGUGCUUCCCAAUCCAAACAUUCCUCUGGAGGCUGGGCUCGGCCGCUCCGAGGCGAUGGCCGGGGGCUGCGGAGCUGCCUGAUCUCCUCUGUGCCCCGAGAGCCUCGGCCUGGCCAGGGGAAGGACAGAGCGAGCCAAGAGCCCUCCCUGUCUGCUGCUCCCCCAGCGCUGUGGAGGCUGCUUUGGGGCCGGGCAGGAUGGAUGGUUUUCUUGCCUUUCCGAAAUCUUUCCCUGGGUGACACGGCCCGGUGAUUAGCUGGAUGCUGGAGGAGGGAUCAGAGACUGCGGUGUGGCCCGCUGGAAAUGGCCUGGUGUCAUCCCCUCGCUGCCUCCCCUUCUUCCUCGUCGUGCUGGCCUUGGAUUCCUUGCCACAAGCAGUUGGAUGAUGAUGGUGGCCCAGCCCUGGGAUUGUCACCUGGAGCACGGGCAGGCUGUGCCGUGUCCCCAUCCUGUGUCCCACCAGGAGCUGUGGCUGGCAGCAAUGAGGSAGCUGUGUGGCUACAGGAGGAGGUGGCACGGGGUGGGCAGAGUGGGGACAGUCCCAGCACUGCUGGGUGGGCAAGCAGUGGGGGCAGGRAGGCUCCUGGCCACGAGCAGUGCCUUCCUGGUCUUGGCUUGAGUGCCCUGAGAGCMACACUCUGGCUGCAGCUCCCAGCUUCUGCUGCAGGGCAGCCUGCAGAGGUGAGACAGCACUUUGGGGACUUUGGGGGCUCUGCUGGGAUGGGGUUUUUAGGCUGCACAUGCUGCCCUGCCCGUGUCUGUGGCCUUGGGACAGAGCAGGCUUUGUGCAGGGACACGUGUGUGGGGUCUGGUUUGCUGCCUCGUGCCUGCAGGAYGAGGAUUUGUGGGGACAGAAGGUGGGUGCAGUUGUCGUGGGAGGCUCAAACAGGCCUGUGGGGGCUGCUGGAUGAAACCAGGCAGCGACUGGAAGGGUGGUAGAGCUCUGAUUCCACAGACACAUUCCUGAGGCCUGAGCUGAAGUCACCAGCGAGGUCCAAGGGCAUGAACUUAGAAYCUGAACGCGGGUUUUCUUUUUUAAAAUAAGCUGCUUUUCGCCUUCAGCUGAGUAGACUCACGAGAACAUUCCCAGAAGGAAGUCACUCCUCCAUUAAAAAUUUAAAAAAUUCAGAUGUGGCUUUGUAGACUGGAUUGACUGAGUUUGGACAAUGUCCAUCCUGCCCUCCAGGCAGGCAGCUGGUGACACCUCCUGCCCGAGGAAGAGACAAACCUGUGCCAGGCGCUGGGAUAGGAGCUCUGUCAAGUGGGAUUUGCCUGGAUUUCCCUGAGUUUGUGKCUCACUAGCUUGCCCAGCUUCCUUUUGGCUCUGGAAUGGAGUUCCUCAGCCCUACAAGCUGAAUGUAGAGCAGGUGUUUUUCACAGCUGGGAAGUGGAAGUUUCUGCUGUGUUCAGUGGGAUGGUGCUGGUGGAGGGAGUGGGGCCGGGGUGGGAUGGGGAGCUUUUUCUGUAAUGACAGCUACUGUGUUUCAGUGAUCAAUGUGUGUUUCUGCUUGCCAAAGUAAGUUAUCUUUUCCUCACCACGUGUAAGGUUGUGGUUUKUAGUGGAGCUGGCCAGCCUCGCUCUGUAGAGGACACUAACGCUCUCAUCUCUGCCCAAUGCUYGUGUCACCCCGUGUUCCUGCUCUGCUCCAGGGGGGACAUGGCGUGCUUUGCUCCCCAUGGGGACUCUGUGCCAUGAGCUGGGGCAAAACUCCCUUCAGACAGCAAUCACCAUGUUGUGCUGGGGCGAGGGCUGGGGACCUGGGUGUGCYGUGGCAAAGGAGCCUGGAGGUCACUUUGGACACUCCUCCCUCCCUCCCCGGGUGCUGCAGCCAGGCACAAUCCUGUAAGGACUGGUGAAGCUCCUUUGGGAGCCUUUGGGGAUAGCAGACUAUCUUGCCAUGGCUGAGCUGAGCACAGCGGUGCCCUAACAAUCUUCUUAAGCUUUCCUUCAGCUCCCUCCUUGCCUUUAUUCCUUUAUUUUAUUCCUUUAUUCCCCACGUGGUGGUAAAGAAMCCCCCUGGAUGGAGAUGUCUCUGCGUGCCAGGGGUGUUUUGUUCCUUGACUGGAUGUGAGAUCAUUSCCUGGCUGUUCAGCAUCUGUUCAUCAUUCCUGGAGUGUUCCCUUGGAACAGGUGCAUGAACCUCUUAAGUUGGUUUGGGUUUUUUUCUUUUUUUCCUACUUUGUCCCCUCUCCCCCAUGUCCCUACAUGUGGAAUUUAGAGAUGAUCCCCAUUUUUACUGGAUCUGAUGGACCAUCCAGCCUGCCAGCCACCAGGCCCUGUGUUUGUGUGGGGUGGAGCAGAUGUGCUGAGCAUC